AUGCAUAACAGCUUACAUAAAACCAAAGAAAACACUUCUUUAACAACAGAUUCUGAAUGGGCUAUAACUCAUAAUAAUCUUACAUCGGUGUAUCGUUUGAUGGGCGACCUUUCAAAUGCACUUUCUCAUCUUCAAAUUGCACUUGAAAUACGAAAAAAAGUUCUUCAAGCAAAUCAUUCAAUUGUUGAUGUAAGUUUUAAUAAUGUGGGUAUUAUCUAUCAUUCGAAAGGAGACCAUAAAACUGCACGAAUAAACUAUCAAGAGGCACUUGAAAUUCAUCGAAAAUCUCUUUCAACUGUUCAUCCAAGAUCAGCUGAAACUUACAAUAAUAUAGUUUUUGUUUAUGAUUUGAUGAGUGAUUAUUCAAAUGCAGUUUCAUAUUAUCAAAAGACGCUUAAAAUACAAAAAAAAAGCAGCCUAUCAUUAAUUCAUCCUGAUCUGGCAACAACGAAUAGAAACAUGGGUUGUACUUAUGCUGCUCUUGGAGAUUAUUUAACUAUCCUUGAAUUUUUUGAAAAAGGCUUUAAUAUUCGAAAAACCCCUCUUCCAUCUGCUCAUCCAGAUUUCGCAAAAACUUAUAAAAAUAUCGGUUCUUUAUUUAAUAAAAAAAAAUGA